AUGACCGACCCCGAACCUCUAGAGAAAGAUGUGGAAAAGGCGGAGUCGAAGCCGAUGAUUGGGGAUGAUACACACAACAACAAAGAUGAGGGGAAAGGGAAGAAGACUCGAACGAGUCAAAUCGUCGAUAUUGCUUGUAUUGGUUUGAAUAUCAUGAGUACAGUCUUUCUCGUCUUUUUGAAUAAAUGGAUAUUCAAAGACCCUCAGCUGCGAAAGAUGCAAAUAUCCUUCGCAAUGUGGCAUUUCACCUGCACAACCAUAGUAUUAUGGCUUGCUAGUCGCCCCCCCUUUAACGUCUUCGUCCCUAUUCGAUUACCAUUUCUCCAAAUGCUCCCACUAUGCUGUUUCUUCGCCGGCUUCCUCAUACUUGGAAAUCUGAGUUUGGCAUUUAACUCUGUGGGAUUCUACCAACUUGCAAAAAUAAUGACCACCCCCUGCGUUGCCUUACUCCAAUACUUCUUCCUCGCCAAAUCCGUCUCCCCCCAAACCGUGCUUGCCCUCGCCAGCGUCUGCGUUGGCGUAGCUUUAACUAAUACUGGAGCCUCCGGAACUACCACAUUUGGGGCCUCAAUCGCAAUUGCUGCGUUUGUGGUAACCGCUUUCUAUCAGGUCUGGAUCGGCAAGAAACUCACUGAUUUCAAAGUCUCGUCUCCCCAACUUCUACUCAACCAGGCUCCGAUAUCAGUAUUAAUUCUAGCGUUUUUGGUGCCAUUCUUCGAUACAAGACCGGAUACAUCUGUUAUCUCGAGGGACACGCUUAUUGCGCUGGGCUUGAGUGGAUUGGCGGCAGCAUUGUUGAAUUUGAGCCAAUUCUUGAUUAUAGGAAGAAUGUCAGCUUUGACAUUCAAUGUUGCUUCGAAUGUAAAAACAAUCAUAAUCCUCACCUACGGCUGGAUAAGUGAAGGCCGAGAUCUCACCAUCAAAGAUGCAACAGGUAUAUUGUUGGCUUUGGGUGGCGCAACUGUGUAUAGUCAGCUUUCGCAGCGGUAG